ACUACGGAGCGCGAGUCGAUAAUUCUUCCGAUAAUUAAUUACGGUAGUAACUGCGACAUUGCAAAGGGAACAAUAUGUCUAUAUUGCGUCAGCGGAGUCAAACGGUGUGCGUUGCUCGCGUAACGACCUUCGUCGGUUCGCCUUUCCUCGGUCGGGCCGAAAAAACGCGGAGCAGAGAGGCGAGAACCAUGGCGGCGGUACUAUUGGCGAAAUUGUGCUUUCGCUGUGUCGUGCGCUUUUCUGACCGAGAGUACAUGCGCUGAAGGAAAAAGACCGACGUGAUCGAAUAGGACGAGAAAAUGAACCACUGCAGUGGAUCUAGUGAUGACACCGAUGAAGGCGAUGAUCAGGAGGCGUCUUCCUUGCAGAAGGAGACGAACAUUGAGGAUGCCUUAACGUCUUUCAGGGAACAGUGGCAGCGGGAGUUGACAAUAUCGCCCAAACGUGACACGCCGAGGUCAUAUUCAUCAAAAGAGCCUAACCAUGAGGUUACCAGUGAUGAGGCCUCAGUUGAGAGCAGGGCGAAGAAUCUCUUUCUCAAAGGUAUCGAGCACGAGCAAAGCAGAAAAUUUUACGAAGCUAUCCAGUUUUACAAACGUGCGGUACAACUGGUUCCUGAUGUCGAAGUUCGUCUGUAUGAAUCAACAAAAACAAAAGUAAGGGAUAAAUUUGAUGCUGACGAUAGCCUGGACACGUUAAACAAUGAUUUCUCAACAAACGACAGUGAUAACUUUGAGGCUGACGAAGAAGAAACUGACUUGUUUAGUAAAUUGUCUAGAAUCGUAAAUCGCAAUCAGUGCGUAUGUUUCCCAAAAUUUGAGCAAAAUACGACACAUAUAUCUGCGUUGCCAACAGAAAUAGUGCUCUAUAUCUUAAGAUGGGUUGUAUCUUCCGACCUAGAUUUCCGAUCGUUGGAAAUGUUCUCGAGGGUGUGCCGCGGGUUUUACAUAUCCGCGCGAGACAAGGAAAUCUGGCGACUGGCUUGUGUCAGGGUAUGGGGUGUGAAUUGCGGUACCUGCGAGCCCAAGUACCAGUCAUGGAGGGACAUGUAUUUGCAGCGGCCUAGAUUAAGAUAUAACGGAUGUUACAUUAGCAAAACCAGCUACAUUCGCGACGGUGAGAACAGUUUCCAGGACCGUUUCUACCGACCGUGGCAUCUCGUCGAGUACUUCAGGUACCUAAGAUUUUUUCCCGAGGGAAAAGCUUUAAUGUUGACAUCCACCGACGAGGCUCAAAGCUGCGUGAAUUCCUUGCGAAGCCGCAUACCGCGCAACUCCUCGGUUCUCGUCGGGCACUACCGACUACACGAUAAUUUUGUUACGCUGGUGCUGAAGAAACAAGAAACUAAAGUGGUCAAUUUCACGUACAGACGGAACAAGAGAGAGCCGGUGCAUGACAGUGGCGAGCAAACGUUUCAUAUUGAAUUCGAGAUACAGAAUCAUCACAGAAGAAUGAACUCGCAAUUAAAAUGGGUCAGCUACAGUAUUUUCACGAAGUACAGGAACGGGCAGGAGGUGAAGCUUUGUUUGAAGGAGCCAUCCGUAAGGGAAUUCAGGGUGUCACCGAUCGGCGGCAGGUAUCCGCCCCUUAAAUUCAGCAGGGUAAAGAGUUAUACUCAGGAGAGCGAAGCCCCGUUGCAGUAACGAGCAUCGUGAGGGAAAAAUAUACGCGAAUAACGAGAGUACAACAUUUAUUCUUAUUCUUGCAGAGGAAAAUAGCGAAUGUGUGUGCAGCGGAUGUAUUGUCGAAAUUUGUGUAUGUGUAUGUGUGUGUGUUAAUUAAUGAUGUAAAAGGUGUGAAGCAUGCGGCAGAGGGGAGAGGGGGAAUUUAAUUUCGAUUAUAUAUGUAUGCUAGCACACACACGGCGCUUUGGAUCGUUAAUUAAAGAAGUACGUAUAUUUUUGAAGAUGUUUUAUUUCUCUGGUAUCUCUCUCACGCUGCGUUCUAUAACGGUCUCUAUUAGUACGCUAUACAACCUGUAAAUCACAACUACAUCCUUCGAAAUGUGUGUUAAUAGCGUCGACAACGUAUCCAAUCACAUCGCGGCGUAAAUAAAUUAUUUCGUAGGUUCUAAUAUAUAAUUAUUUAAGCACACUCGAACACAGUGCCUUAUAUAUUAUUUUACAAUGAGUUGUACGCUUAAGGUUCUAACGAAAUAUCUAAUCAAGAGUGUAAUUAUAACGGUCUCUGUUUUCAAUAGCUCGUUAAUUAUUGCUUACCCUUAGCACAGUUAAGUUCGAAAAAGUGUGUAUGUGUGUGUGUGUAUGUUUAAUUGUAUAUAGUAAAAUUAUGUAUAAUAAAUCUGUCGGACGUUGCGAGCGACUAAAACGUUCGCAAUUUCAUCUACGCGACGGGAAUGUGAGGAUUUACGGUGUCUGGAUGCGCAAGAGGUACGUUAGCUUUCAUCGAAGAACUGUACUCUGCGAUACUACACUGCUCUCGCUAUUAUUGUAAUCCUCACACGAAAUCGUAUAUCUAAGAACUCGUCGAUUUUUAUUAACGUGUGUCGAUAUAUCAACUACCUUACGAAUACGAAUUGUCCGUAAAUCGAGGUCUACAUCUCUCUGCGUUUGCGUAUCUCUGAGUUGAAAUAGAGUCGGGUUUAUAUAGAAUAAUUCCAUCACGAGUUCAAUGCGAGAUAAAUUGGACAAACCCCCGUCGAUGUUCCAAAACAGUUUUAUCGGCUUAUUGAUGCGUUAUUAUAAAGCGUAUCGACUCGAACAGAUUGACAUCCGGAUGCGUGUGUUGCGUACUAUUAGAAGAUCCUAGAUCAUUGUAUCACAACAAUAAACAUAUUUUUGAUGUGCUUA